AGCCAAGCCAAACCAAAUUAUCAAAAUACUACCUAUUAAAACGGUUACCACGAUAACCACACCGUUUGAAUACUCCUAUUCGGACAACAACGAUGUCCGUUUUGGUCAUGUUCAGACACCCUCCUAAUUAGCUCAUUGUUUGUUCCACUGAUCACCCUCGCAAAUAGCCCAAUCCUGAUACCCUCGCAAACUUUCGUCUGUCUCCCAAACCUUCAGCGCCACCAUCGUCGACCUUCUUUCUUGCAAGAAGUGAAUGCUUCAAUCAAUGAGUUACCUUUGUCGACUGAUGGCAAUCAAGAAAAUAUGGUUGUUGUUGAAACUUGAAACUACUUCAAGUGAUCAUGAGAAUAAUAAUAUCAUUUCUCAAGCAAUAGACAAUGAUUUUAUGAGGAUGAGAGUGAGGUUAAAUGAUAUUAUUAUUUUGUUGGGGAUGUUGCUAAGAGACUCCCCGUAGAGAAUAAGUAAUACCGCGUCCAAUCGACAACGUAUGACGCUCUAAACCCGCUACGGGUAUAUAAAGGUAUGAAACCCACCAAUGAAAGGGGACUUCCUCUCUCUCCUGACUUUCCACUUUCUACUAUCUCUCUACGCUUUAUCUCUCUAUCUAUUCUCUCAACUCUCUCCACAAACAUACACUGACUUGAUCGUCGGAGCUUAAUCCGGGGGGCAACCCCGACUCUUUCACAGGUGUCUUCUCUCCCGACGAGAUCGGACGAACGGAUCGUGAGUCAACCCUGCACCAACAAAUAUCAUUGUUCGUGCCCUGAGCUAGUUGGCACAAACAAUUGGCGCCCACCGUGGGGCUGACUGGUGCAUUCUUUAGUCUGAUUUCUGAAGGGGAAGAGAUCGCCUCCCCCGCCACCAACUUGAAGAUUCAAUAUCCAUCCCUGAAGACGAAAAUAAAACCCAUCAGAGGUUGAAGAAAAAGGGGACUCAACACCAGCUACGAGCAACAACAGUCGCUGCAAUUUCCGACCAAAGCAGCGGCAUCUGAAAGAAGAAGAAGAAAAAAAAAACAGAUGGUCGCAGCUCUUGUCACUCUCUUGUCCCCAACGUUCUCCAACUUUUGGCCCUCAAAGUCAAAAAGCAUAUAUGUCCAUCUGAAAGAAGAAGAAGAAAAGAAAAGAAAAAAAAGAAAAAAAAAACAGAUGGCCGCAGCUCCUGCCACUCUCUCGUCCCCAACGUUCUCCAACUUUUGGCCCUCAAAGUCAAAAAGCAGAUCUGUCCAUCUACAGUGCAUAGCAAAAAGUAGAGAAAAUGUCACUUUACUUUUUCAGAAAAUGAGUUUCUGUCAGAAAGAGGAGUUGGGGGAGUUACCGAGGCAAUCUCCACUUUCUCCCUCCUACUGCAAGGGUUUCAUUUCCCUAGUUCGCUUGCCGAGGCCCAAAUGGACAAGAUCGGCCCACCCCCGCGUCACACAACCCACUGAUGACGCGCCGCGCCACAUUAUAUGCGCCCCACUCACUUGUUGCGGCCCACUUCGCCAAUCCCCGCAACACUCAAAAAAUGCUACGGCCGCCAAGACUCAAACUUGCAUCCUUUCUCCAUUGGACGAGCAUGUUAACCAGCAGACUAAAGCACGGUGUUGCUACUAAAGCGCAGCGCGCCCUAUGUAUCCACUCUCACUCGCCUCAACAGCAACAGACGGCGUGGGCCCACCAAACCGCAGCCCGAAUCCCAACUCGCGGAGGCGAGCGCCGCUUCGGGCCCAACAGGCGGUCCGUCAUCGCUCCACUCGCGCCAAAAAUAUUAUCAUCGCCACAAGGAAUUGAACCCGCGUCACUCCUCCACCAGACGUGGGUGUUAACCAGCAAACUAAAGCGUGUUGUUGCUACUAAAGCGCAGCACGCCCUAUGUAUCCACUCUUACUCGCCUCAACAGCAACAGACGGCGUGGGCCCACCAAACCGCAGCCCGAGUCCCAACUCGCGGCGGCCAGCGCCGCUUCGGGCCCAACAGGCGGUCCGUCAUCGCUCCACUCGCGCCAAAAAUAUUAUCGUCGCCACGAGGAAUUGAACCCACGUCACUCCUCCGCCUGGCACGCAAUAUUACCAGCAGGCUACAUGCGAGGCCUUUGUUUAAAUGGCGCGGCGUCUGAUAUUUAACUACUCACGCCAACACUAUCGGCCCGCACCGUAGGCGCCCCUACUCGAGGGCCCAAUACUCGCGGCCAACUUGUGCGCACCCAACUCGGGGCCCAAUACUCUCGCCACUAGCACCACCUGCCCAGCCCGCCACCUUAUCACCGGUCGCGCACUGUCUCGCGUCCCACCUUCCCAUACCAGGCCCGUGUCACGUGAGCCCGCCUUCUCUACUCGCGUCCCGCGCGCCCGCGUCAACACUAUCGGCCCGCACCGUAGGCGGCCCAACUCGAGGACGUUCAAGAGACGCGGAACUCUCCAAAAAAAUGUUGUCACAACGAGGGAUCGAACCCGCGCCACUCCUCCGCCUGGCAUGCAAUAUUACCAGAUGGCUACAUACGGACCAUGUGUUUCAAUGGCGCGGCGUCUAAUGUUUAACUACUCGCGCCCACUCAGUUCUAUGGAACCAAAAAAAAAAAAAAUAGCAAUAGUCCCGCACUAUUCGAGCCCACUCAGUUCGAAAGAACAAAAAAUAGCAAUAGUCAUGCACUAUUCGCGCCCACUCAGUUCUACGGAACAAAAAAUAGCAAUAGUCCCGCACUAUUCGCGCCCACUCAGUUCCACGGAACAAAAAAUAGCAAUAGUCCCGCACUAUUCGCGCCCACUCAGUUCAAAAGAACAAAAAAUAGCAAUAGUCAUGCACUAUUCGCGCCCACUCAGUUCCACGGAACAAAAAAUAGCAAUAGUCCCGCACUAUUCGCGCCCACUUAGUUCGAAAGAACCAAAAAAAAAAAAAAAAAAGAGAAAGAGUCGUCUGGCAACCAAGCCCACUCGCGAUCGCGGCCCAACAGUGCGCCGCGGUCCGCUCCGCCUUUAUCUCCGGAAAAAAAAAAUUUGAAUUGAUGCUCCCACAGGGAAUUGAACCCACGCCAGUUCUCAGUCAGACAAGCGACAUAACCAAUAUGCCACAACAUUAAUUGGUGAGAAACUAGGCGGAGCGCUUUAUUUCAUCAUCCGCAAGCCCAACUCGCGCCCGAAUUCGCGCGAGCACUCAACGCGCGCCCCAACCCGCGCAUCAUCUUCCCCCAGCCCGCGACGCGCGCAAGCGGCCCAACUCGCGCGAGCACUCGACGCGCGCAAGCCCAACUUGCGGCCCAACCCGCGCAGCAUCUUCCCCCAGCCCGCGACGCGCGCAAGCCCAACUCGCGUCCGGCCCGCGUCACCAGUCCGGCCCGUCCAUCCUUGCUCCACUCUGAGUCAAAAAUAUUAUUGCCGCCGACAGGAAUUGAACUCGCGUCAUUCCUCCGCUAAACAAGCAACAUCACCAGUGGGCUGCAUACGCGCUUAGUGAUUCAAUGGCGCAGCGUCUGAUUUUCAACUACUUCUGCCGCCACGGUACCAAUAUAAAGCUAAGUACUCUAUCAUUAUUAAAUUUGAAAUAUUUUACUUCCAUGAGCGUUAAUGGCGCUGAUGGGGGGCAAAACGCAAGAAGCUGGCACCGCGUCAGUCAAACGCGCCACCAGCUGGGGGGCAACUGGGGUACAUAGGGCCCCACCCAAAAUUACCGACGAAGAUUUAAAAAAAUAAAAUAUAAGCUAGUGAUUAGUUAAAACUCACCACCAGCUUGGGGGGCAAUUGUUGGGGAUGUUGCUAAGAGACUCCCCGUAGAGAAUAAGUAAUACCGCGUCCAAUCGACAACGUAUGACGCUCUAAACCCGCUACGGGUAUAUAAAGGUAUGAAACCCACCAAUGAAAGGGGACUUCCUCUCUCUCCUGACUUUCCACUUUCUACUAUCUCUCUACGCUUUAUCUCUCUAUCUAUUCUCUCAACUCUCUCCACAAACAUACACUGACUUGAUCGUCGGAGCUUAAUCCGGGGGGCAACCCCGACUCUUUCACAGGUGUCUUCUCUCCCGACGAGAUCGGACGAACGGAUCGUGAGUCAACCCCGCACCAACAAAUAUCAUUGUUCGUG